AUGAUAAUUUUGAAUAUCCUCUUGAUCUAUACAAUAAACUUUCAUAAAAGGAAAAACUUAAAGAAAUUAUUCUUAAUUGCCACCAAAAUUAAGACAAACAAAAUGAUUUAUUUUCAGAUAUUAUAAAGGAGAAUUUAUAAAAAUAAGAAGAUUAUAAAUCACAAAUGCUAGAAUCUAUUGAUAAUCUUAAUAGAAGUUAAUUUAAUUUAGAAAAUCUCAAUUAAACGAAGGAUAAAAUAAUUCAACUCAUCAAUUAAAUCAGUGACUUUGCAUAUACAUAAAUUUAAGUAGAUUCUGUGGAAAAUCUUUAUUAAAUUUAGGAAUAAUAAACUGUUGAAAUAGAUUUUAAAUAAAGAGAGAGACGUUUUAAAAAAGAAGAAAUAUAAUUAAUUGCUAAAGCCUUAGAAAGACAUAAGAGAAUCACUAAUUUAACUCUAAAUCUUAGUUAUUAUUAUAUCUAAAAAGAAGGUGCUAAACAAUUGUCAUAAGCUUUACAACUAAAUAAAUAUAUUUCUAAACUUCAUCUAAAUCUUUCUUAUAAUUAAAUUGAGGUGGAAGCGACUACACAAAUAGCUUUAGCUUUACAGAAAUUAUAGAAUAUUACUAAUUUAACUCUUGAUUUUACUGAGAAUGAAAUUGAAGUUGAAGAAAUCAAACAAAUAUCUCAAUCUUUACAAAAAUUAUAGAAUAUCACUAAUUUAAAACUUAAUUUUAGUCAAAAUGAUAUUCAAGUAGAAGGAGCCAACUAAAUUGCUCAAGCUUUAUAAAAAUUACUUAAUAUUAAUAAAUUAUUGCUUAACUUAAGUUAGAACAACAUAGAAGCUGAAGGAGCCAAAUCUAUUUCUUAUACUUUAAAAAAACUUGAGAAUAUUAAUAAUCUUACUCUUGAUUUUAGUUAUAAUGAUAUUCAAGAUGAAGGAGCUCAAUAUAUUUCUAUGGCUUUAUAAAGUUGUCAGAAUAUCUCCUAUUUAUCUUUAUAGCUUAACUCAAAUAAAAUUCAAGCAGAAGGAGCUAAAUAAAUUGCUUUAGCUUUAUCAAAGUGCUAGGACGUCACCAAUUUAUCCCUAUAUUUUGAACAUAAUAAAAUUCAAGCAGAAGGAGCCAAAGAAUUUGCUUUAGCUUUAGAGAAGUGUCAGAAUAUUUAAAAUUUAAAGCUAAAUCUUAGUGAUAAUAAUAUUCAAAAAGAAGGAGCCUAAUUCAUUGCUUUAGCUUUAGAGAAGUGUCAGAAUAUUAUAAAUUUAGAGCUAAAUCUUAGAAUAAUAUUUAAGUUGA